GCCUGUCGACCACUUUUCGUGGAAAGAGCGGGCGCGGGGAGGCAGCCUCACGAGCGCCCGUUUUUACCCACUGGGGGGGGAAGGAGACGAAGGGUUUAGCAAAAAGUAAACGGCGAUUUUGUUACGCCGGCUGGUCGGGGACUCGAACCCCGGUCUUCACAGCCUCGGCGUGUUGUUAUGCAGCAGGACCCGGCUGCUCCAGCGCUUUCGUCGCCACCCGCGAGGACCUGGACGCUUCGCGCCUCGGCCAAUCAUGGGCCGGUACCGGCCCCCUUUCUCCCGCCGCAGAGGAUUCUGGGACGUGAGGUCUCUCCCGCCCUCCACCCGUGCGUGUCACUAGAGAGGAACGACAACUCCCAGCGUGCCUGGCGCCUGCCGGGAUCUUGACCUGCUCGCGGGGGCUGCCCGGGCUGCCGCCGUGUUGCCGCCAGCCAGGCCGCGCAGGAAGACGUAAGGGCCGCGGCCUGGGCGCCGAUCCCGCAGCCUCUUGCCCGGCGGCCUGAGGGAAGAUGAGUUCGGCCAGGGAGACGCAGCCCCGCCACGGCGUGAAGCGAGCGGCCUCCCCCGAUCAGGGAUCGAGCAGCUGGGAGGCAGUAGACUUAGGUAACGAAGAAAGAAAGCAAAAGUUCUUGAGACUUAUGGGAGCAGGAAAGAAAGAACACACUGGCCGCCUUGUUAUCGGAGACCACAGAUCAACUUCUCAUUUCAGAACAGGGGAAGAAGACAAGAAAAUGAAUGAAGACCUAGAGUCUCAGUUCCAGCAAAGCAUGGACAGCACUAUGUCCGGAAGAAAUCGACGACACUGUGGACUUGGUUUCAGUGAGCUGGAGGAGGCUGAAGGACAAGAUGAUGUGAACAGAUACUCUCCUGAACCUGAAAGUCCAGAGGACUCUGAAAGUGACUCUGAGUCAGAGCGAGAGGAAUCUGCGGAAGAACUGCAAUCUGCUGAAAAAGACAGUGAAGCUGAUGAUCCAGAAAGCAAGAAAGAUGUGAAAAGCAAUUAUAAAAUGAUGUUUGUUAAAUCCAGCGGUUCAUAACUUCAGGUCUAAUAAGUCUUUGUAUUUAAAGUACAUUAAGUCUUUUUGUUAGUGCAAAGUGGAGGACUGCUUACAGCACAGAUUUUUGUAUUAUGAUUUUAAAAAAGCCCUUCUUUUAGAUGAAAGGAAAAAAUAGUGCUUGCUUUCUGAUGCCAUGGAUGACAUUUUUAUGGGCAUGAGUGUAAUUUUUUGGGGGGUAAAGUAUAAACAGAUGCAUUGGAUGAAAAUAAAUUUAAUUCCCACUCUCCUUCCAUUGUAGUUGUCAAACCUCUGACACUACUUUCUUUUAUUGGUGUCCUUUUGGCUUGGAUGUUUUUGAAAUAAGGUUUCAUUGGAGUUGCCUGAUGCUACAUUGAUUCUGAUACUGUAGCAAUGACAUCCGUAUUCUGCAGUGUAAUACAACUUCAAAUCUUGGUUCUGUUUGGUAAUACCAGCAGUAGUCUGACAUAAUUGCCAGAGAACAGGUUUAUUCAUUUAGGUCCUGAUUCUGUAAUGAGGUUGUGAUUAUAAAUCCCUGUUCCCCUGCAGAGUCCUACUGAUGUCUGUGGCACUCCAUCAGUGUUCGGGGGCCCCCACACCAUAUCAGGAUGCAGAAGAGGGCCUUUAGGGUACAGCUACACAGGGAUUAAAAAAACCUUUUGGUAGCCAAGGUCAGCUGACUUGGGCUUGCAGGGCUUGGGCUGGAGCCUGAGCUCUGGUAGCCUGUGAGGAAAGAGGGUCUGAGUGCACAUGUUGCCACAGCAAUUUUUAACCCUGCAGCCAGAGCCCCUUGAGCUCAGGUCAGCUGGCGUAGGCCAGCCAUGGCUAUGCCACAGGUUUUUCAUCCCUGUGUAGAUGUACUCUGAGUUACUUCUCUAGGCCUGUUUUUGACAGCUAUAGUACAAGAGGGAUAAGUUCUUGGGUGUAGAUUUCCCUUUUGAAAUGAAGGACUUUGAUCCUUAAACUGCUUGAGUUGCAGUCUGCAUGAGAGCUAGGUAAAAGCAGUGCUUGGGGAGGGAGUUUGUUCUCGUAUUAACAUACUAGUUUUAAUAAUUUCUUUCUACAAAAGUGAGAUUUGCAGGAGAUAAAGAACAACCAGGAAAUGAGUUCGUUUGAAAGGAAAAGAUACUUUGCUAUGGAAAAUGACAGGUGCCUCAAUUUAAUGACACUUUUUUUAAAGAUGGGGAUGCAAACUAAAGGGAUGUGCAGGGAAAGUUGUAGUAUGCAGUCCCCACGGCUUGAGUGCCACCAAUCAAACUGAGGUGAAGAGAGUUGGUCACAGUUAUCCGUGAAAGGCAUGCUACCUCUUACUUUCCUUGCACCAAAUCCUCUAGUCUGCACAAAGAAAGAAACAGAAGUGCUAAGACAUAGUAAGGACUAACACAAGCCCAUAUCUUCUGCAAACUUAUAUAUUUUUGGUGUACUAAAGAUCAAACUUCCAUAUUAUAUGCAUUUUCUCAACUGUUAUUGUAAUGGCAUCUGUUUGAAAACCGGUCAUCAGAAUUAAUCUGAGGAUCACAAAAGGAAUACCACAUUGCACACAUUCUGAAUGCAUUUCUUUAUGGGAGAGCAGAACUUUGUCUGCACCCAUGUCUGAAAGAAAAAGCUUACCCAAGGCUCUUGAUGAAACUUACAACUUUUUUCUGAAUCUGGUAAAGCUGUGUUUCUAAUUUACUGAUAAUCUGUUGCAGUGAUUAUUUCCAUACUGUUUGCUAAUUUGUAUGAGCUGAAAUAUGUACAGUGAUUGUAAGAUAAUUGAAAAUUAGUACUUCAGCCUUAGCUACACUGAAAGACUUUGAACAAAUGUUACUUUGUGGAAAAAACAAGCAGUAUUAAACCAGAUACGUGUGAUUAUACACUAAA